CUGGAAGUCUUGUUUUUGCUGACCUCCAGUGGUUUAACUUCACACCAUGCUGCGGUUAUGUGUCCUCUGGGGUGUGAUCUGUCCUCCUUCCAUCCUCUGACGGGCCAUCCCUCCCCCGGCCCGCCCUCAGCCGGCUCAGGGCUCGGCAGCAUCCAUCUCUGCACCGGGACACACGCAACGGAAAGAGGCUGCGAGGAAACUGAACAGGCGGCAGACCAGCGAGGGAGAAAAAAAAAUCUCACAAGCUGCUGCUCCACGGUGUGAAGGCGGUCCGUGUUAUACAAAGCCACCAACAACCGGCUGUCCUUCAUUAUUUAAACUGGACAACACAGCGGUGAUACUCCGGAGCUUCCACUUGCCUGUUGAAGUGAUGCAUCCCGCAGGACUGCGCUCUCGCUGUGUGAACAUGAUUUGAUCUUCGCUGUGGAGAAAUCCGUUCGGUCCCAUUUACAAUAAGAGGGAGCAUGAAGUUUGCGGUUGCGGUGUUGUGGUUCUCCCUGGCUCUCGGCAGGAUGCAAGCUCAGGAGGACUUUGUGUCGCUGGCGGAGAUGGAGGAUUCCUUGUUGAGGAACCUUUUCAGGGGUUACCAGAAGUGGGUGCGGCCUGUCCAGCAUGCCAACGACACCAUCACUGUACGCUUUGGACUGAAGAUCUCACAGCUGGUUGAUGUGGAUGAAAAAAACCAACUGAUGACUACAAAUGUCUGGCUCUGGCAGGAGUGGGUUGACGUGAAGCUGAAGUGGAACCCAGAUGACUAUGCAGGCAUUACCUCCAUCAGAGUGCCUUCAGAGACUAUAUGGCUGCCUGACAUCGUCCUGUAUGAAAAUGCGGAUGGUCGCUUUGAGGGUUCCCUGAUGACAAAAGCCAUUGUGCGCUGGGAUGGUACCAUAACAUGGACCCCACCUGCCAGCUACAAGUCUUCCUGCACCAUGGACGUAACCUUCUUCCCCUUCGACCGACAGAACUGCUCCAUGAAGUUUGGCUCCUGGACUUAUGAUGGAAAUAUGGUGGAUCUGGUCCUGGUGGAUCACUAUGUGGACCGCAAAGACUUCUUUGAUAACGGCGAGUGGGAAAUCCUCAAUGCUACAGGAGUCAAAGGAAGCAGGAGAGACGGGGUUUACUGGUACCCAUUUGUAACCUACUCCUUCAUCCUCAAGAGGCUGCCCUUGUUCUACACCCUGUUCCUCAUCAUCCCAUGCCUCGGCCUGUCCUUUCUUACUGUACUAGUGUUCUAUUUGCCAUCAGACGAGGGAGAGAAACUGUCACUUUCCACAUCUGUGCUGGUGUCACUGACUGUGUUCCUCCUGGUCAUAGAAGAAAUUAUUCCAUCAUCCUCAAAGGUGAUCCCACUAAUCGGAGAGUACCUGCUGUUCAUCAUGAUCUUUGUCACCUUCUCCAUCAUCGUCACCGUCUUUGUCAUUAAUGUCCAUCAUCGCUCCUCUGCAACCUACCACCCCAUGGCCCCCUGGGUAAAGAGCCUUUUCCUUCAGAGACUGCCCAGACUGCUGUGUAUGAGGGGGCACACUGACAGAUACCACUUCCCAGAUAUUGAGAUGCGCAGCCCUGAGCUGAAGCCCCGCAGAGGUGCAGGGAGGAGGGGGGUUCCUGGCCACAGUGCCGGCCAGCAGAGAGGACCCCUCGGAGGGAAGGAGGACGAGAACCAAGCCUGGCUUGCCAUGCUGGAGAAAGCUACAAAUUCAGUUCGCUACAUCAGCCGUCACAUCAAAAAGGAGCACUUCAUACGAGAGGUAGUACAAGACUGGAAGUUUGUGGCUCAGGUGUUGGACAGGAUUUUCCUCUGGGCCUUCCUAACAGUGUCAAUAUUAGGAACAGUCCUAAUCUUCACCCCUGCGCUGCAGAUGUACCUCAGCUCACCUUAAUGAACACAAACACACACUCAUAAAUACUCUUCAACAGCUCAUUCUUGUUUUCCAGUUGGUCUUUGACUAUGAUUUAUUGAUAAGCUCAAUAAAACAACUGUAUUGUAUAUUUUUUUUGUAGAAAUAAGCUCAAACUACAAACUUUUACCUCCCUACAGUAUUGUUUGCAGCCUGUAAUGACUACUGGAUACUGUAAUAUUCUAGAUGCAGCUUGUCAUUCAGUGUAAAGUGCAUGCACAGGAGUGCAAACGACUGACAGCAAUAAGCAGGUUAUAGUAGCGUGUAUGAUUUUCAAUAUCCAUGUUUGUAUAACUGUGGCAUUGUAAUAAUACAUGCAACCACUUUCACAGUAUCACUCCAUCAAUAAUGAGUUGUUUUGUGUGUCACAUGCACUACAGUAUGUUGCCAAGCUGUACUUAAUGUGCUGUAAUAA